UGAACUACUACAAUCUGGCAUCGCUGCUUUGGUUGAUAUUUGAGUAUUUUGAAAAUUAUAGGUAAUAAACAGUGAUAGAGCUAAAAACAUUUAAAUUGAAUUAUGGUUAAAACUAUGGUCUCUGAAAGUGAAAAGUGGUUAUGUUUCCCGGGUCAACGAUUGUGUGCAAUAACAGAAAACACGGUUGGUGGAGAAGGUACAUAUGAAAAAUUCGGAUACUUACAUGCGAGUUUGUCCGGAGUAGUUAGAAUUCGUAAGCGGCAUAAGGAUAAUUAUAUCACGGUUGCGUCUUUUGGCAGUAAAACCGUUGUUCCGGUUGUUGGAGAUGUUGUCACUGCGAAAAUUACUGUUAUCAACCAACGAUUAGCAAAGUGUUCGAUCAUCUGCAUAGGUAAAACAUGUCUUAAUAGACCUUACAGAGGUGUUUUAAGAAAGGAAGACGUGAGAGCAACCGAAAAGGAUCGCGUUGAAAUGUAUAAAUGCUUUCGACCUGGAGAUGUAAUUCUUGCAAGAGUGCUUCCUUUAGUAGAACUCAACACUUACUAUUUGACGACUGCAGAAAAUGCCCUUGGUGUGGCUGUAGCAAUGUCUACUAGAAGUUCGGAACCAAUACCAAUGGUUCCAGUAGGAUGGACCGAAAUGCAGUGUCCUAUGACAUUGGUCAAAGAACCUCGAAAAGUAGCAAAAAUUGUUCCAGAAAGUGCUCCUGAUUAUGAUCGAUAGUAUAAUACAUUAUUUAUUCAUAAAGGAUAAAAAUAAACUCAUUUUAUAUACAUAAAGUAAAGUCCAUGUAAACAAUCACCCUCAUUCUUGUUUACGGUCAUAUGCAAUACGUUCGAAAGUAUGUAUAAUUCGUAUUACCGUUUACGUUCGAAUCAAUUACACUUACAAACAUAGUACAUGCAUAAGAACAACGCCAUCAUCUGUGCUGUUAGAGUCUUAAGUUGUAAUCAAAAAUGUUUGAUAUCAUUUUUUAUUUGACUUGUUUUUUUUUGCUGAUACAUCAUGCUUGUUUACGUUCGUAUCGAAUGUUCGCCGAACACAUACCUUCAAACGAAUGUGAACAAGCCUUUCUUGUUUUCUCUCGAAUGUUUACGCACGCGAUCCCUGUAUAAUAGAUAAUAGAAGGCGUUGUAGAUAGUUUUUUUUAAAAGAUUCCAAGCAUCAAAGAAGUGAUGAAUGCUACAGAAUGAAUAAAUGUCGUACUCAAGAUAAAUUUUAUUCAAGUCGGUAAAUAAAAUUUUGAAAUUAAA